CAACCUAGCGGCGGUAAAGCUAAUAAAACACCAAUUAUGUCUCUGGCGGUAAAUAGACUGUUAAGUGUAGGUUAGUAGCACGCCGCCGUGCGAAAACAUGAUUAUUCAUUUAUUUACACGUCGUGACCGUAGCGACACGAAUGAUUGUAUUUCAUUGGCGGUUGUGUUCAUUUAAAUGGCGUUAGAGUGAACAUUGGGCCACAUUUGUUGCCGUGGAAGCGAACAUUGGAUACCCAGAUUCCCCCUCCUCCUCCUCCGCGGAAGCCCCGCUGAGCUCGCCGGGAAAACCCUCCUCCGAGCCGCGGCGGCAUCUCUAUGGCUCCGGCGGUGCCACAGCGGACUUUCACCACCACCACUAUGCCGGCCCACGAAGCGUGUUGUGUUUAAUGUCUCUUCCAGAACACCGUGGCUACUCAACCCACAGCCAUGUGAGUCCCACGCAGUUUCAACAUGAAAGUAGCGUCUUUGGGUUGAAGAGGAGAACUUUAGCAAUCUGGUGAUAAGAAGCACACACACAUCUCUCCUCCCUCUCGCCCAACAACAUGGCUAAUAUUGGGGACGUGGAAGCUGGAGCUCUGUCCGACUUGGAAGUCAUCUCCCAGCAGGUAGAUGAUGAGAACCAGUGCUUGGCUCCUCCGGUCCAGCUAGUGAGUUUCGGCUAUCGAGAUCUUCCCCUCGCAGCAUUGGACCUCUCACUGGCCGGCUCGCAGCUCCUGUCCAACGCAGAUGAGGAUGAAACCAGAGAAGGGUCCAACUGGCUGAAGCCGUGCUGUGGCCGCCGAGUGGCCUUGUGGCAGGUCUGUCUGCUUAGUGCCGGCUUCAACUGUGUCCUGGUAGCCUGCGUCAUCCUGGUGGUACUCUUCCUUUCGCUGGAGCUGCUCAUUGACACUAAGCUCCUUCAAUUUGCCAAUGCUUUCCAGUUUGCCAGCAUCAUCCAUUGGAUCAGUCUUAUCAUCCUGUCACUUUUCUUUUCAGAGACUGUCUUCAGAAUUGUCGUGCUUGGGAUCUGGGACUACAUAGAGAACAAAGUAGAGGUGUUUGAUGGCGCUGUCAUCGUCUUGUCCCUGGCCCCCAUGGUGGCCUCCACAGUGGCCAAUGGGCCUAGCAGCCCCUGGGAUGCCAUCAGCCUCAUCAUCACCCUGCGCAUCUGGAGGGUGAAGAGGAUCAUCGAUGCUUAUGUGCUCCAAGUCAAAGUGGAGAUGGAGCUGGAGAUCCAACACUGUGAGAAGACUAAGGCUGUCAGAGAAGAGCAGCUGGAGCGUCUCACUCAGAUCUGCCAGGAACAAGCUUUUGAGAUCAGGCAGUUGAGGGCCCACCUGGCCCAGCAGGACCUGGACCUGGCGGCGGAGCGGGAAGCAGCCAUGCAGAUCCACCGUGUGUGGGCCAAGCAGGGCAGAAGUUUUCAGGUUAUGGAGGGCUUGACUCCUGGGGAGUCUGAUGACGAAGGUGCUCCAAGAAACCCCAGGGAGCUGCACAACACUGCAGAUCCAGUUGUACGUGACGACAUGAACAACUACAUCAGCCAGUACUACAGUGAAGGAAGCUCUGAUGCCAGGACUUCUGGCCUAGGUAACCGGGUCAUCACCACAGCUGCCAUCGACGUCCACCUCCCCACCAACCCCAUCCAGUCCAACUCCCAGCUCGCUAUGGAGCGCCUGGGUAGCGGCGUUAGUGAACCCCCCACCAACAUGUCCCGGUCCAGCGGAUGCCUGACCACCCGCCCCAACACCCUGAAAACCCACAUCCUGCGCUCUUCUGCGAUGGACUGCAGCAGCAGCACAGCCCAGGACUUGAACCUGAAAUACACUUCUCACCGCUGCUGCCCGCCUUCGCUCCAGGAUCAGGGCCAGAACAUGGUGGUGCAAGACUUUCUCUCAUUUUCUGAGGACUCCUGCCUUGCACAGAAGGGCCUGACAGUGGACCCGGUCAACCUUAAGCUCCCUAGUCCCACUGGCUCCGAGAAGGCCAGCCUGGAACUGGACCACAGAAUAAACAUGUUCAACCGAAGGAACCAAGAGGCGAGGCGAGGACGAGGUUGCGUUCUGCUACAGACAAAGCCUCUUAUUCACCUACAGGGCGGCGCCACAGAGCCCUCACUGGAGGAGAAGUACUGUCUCUUGGGGCCCGCUGACACAACUCUGGGGCAUCUGUCUGACACAUAACAGAUUUUUGCAACAGAGUAUUUUCUUCUUGUACUGCCAACAUCUACAGGAUAAGCUCAAGAGAGCACGUUUGAGAUUUUCAACAAACGCCACAAAGUUGGACCUUUUUCCAUAAUCUACGACAUCCUCUGGUCCUCCGUGGUAGACAUGAAGAUGACAGCACAAAUACAACAAAACUCAAUCAGACUGGACCGCAGCAGGGAUGGGCACAAUUAUUGUUUAAACCAGCAGUCCUUAACCUUUUUGACCUUGUGGCCCAACCUUUUCAAAAACAUAGGGGCCUGGGGCCCACUCAAAUACUAACACUGAAUUAGUAAUCUUACUCUUGAUUUUAAUCAUACUCAAUAAUUGUCUAAUUUACUUACAGUUUAACAGGAUAAACCUAAAAUAAUAUAAAACCAUGUCUUAAUCACAAAGAUUAUUGUCAAGGCUUAGGUCAGACUGAUUACAAAAAUGUUAAUACUGCAAAAGAAGGGACUGAUAAAAACUGAUGAAAAAUACAUUUAUAUACAAUUACUAAUGCUAAAAUAAAUAAAUUCUGACUAAAUAAUAUAUGUUUCUUGAAUAAACUGUCAAUAAAAUUAAAGUGUAAAUUAAAUACAGCUUCAACACUUUGGUCAUAAUUUUUGCGCUUAAGAAAUUACUAUGACUUUAGCUCCAGACUUCUAUGUUAUUGUUGUUUUUGUCAUUACUGCCACAAGUGGUGGAAAAGAGUGUUACAAUUUAAGUACCGCUGCGGCCCAUACGGGCAACAGCUGAGAAACAGUAGUUUAAAUGAUUAUUUGAUCAUUAAAACUGCUGUCGAUUGAGUCAAAAUUGGGUGCACCACUUAAAUGCAACCAGCAGAGGCGCUGUUUCAUGAUCAAUAAUGUCGCUGUCUAAAGAAGACACAGCUACUUAGGAAGCUGUGGCACAGUUCCUCCAUGCAGCAUUGUUCUGCUAAACACGGGCAUGGAAACAGGAGUUCAGAACUUCACAGAGAGAAUUUCCCAUUACAUUAGAUUUAUUUUAAAAGUGUGAUCCCACCGUAAUAAUCAAUGUUGCCCGUAGUCGGUCAAGGAGAUAUUGAGAUGCCCGUCUCCAGUGGACUUUAAGGUGUUUUCAAACACAUCAGGAACCCUCUUUUAAAAGACUAUGAACUUUAUACGAAUCAAAACCAGCAAAGAGGCCGUUAAAGCCUUCAAUGAACAUCUCUUUUCCAAACAAAGAUGCUGUUACAUAAACUUUUCAUUUUUAA